UCAAAGGACUAUGCCAACAUGUUGUGUGGGGACUGGGCGCCAGCGCCAACUUCAGUGAUAAUGCGAAGUCAAAAUGCCAACAUAUUGUGACAGUGACAGUUCAGGACGAGACGCCAUCAAAGUCACGUCGCCGAGUGCUGAGCGAAGUGCGAGUCCGCAACGUAAUCUAAUCAUAACUUUCGCGUACUUGGCGCGUUUUUACGACUUUUAACGAAAGUCAAAGAAGCAAAAAUACAAGAAGAGGAAAAUAAUAAAAAAAAAAACAAAUGGCUAAUAAUUUGAUAUCCGUGUGCGUUAACGCGAAUAUAACCAUAGUAUCCGCAUACUUAUGCGUGCCUGUGACCGAGGGCAAGUGAAAUGUGCGCAACCUUCGACCCGGCAUAACGUGACAACCAUUUCGAAUCUGAACUUGAUAUACCAUCUGUGUGUGUGUGUGUGUGUCACCAAAUUUAGCUAAUGAAUAAAAGUAAAACUGUGCAGAAAAGUUUCACGGCUCAGCAGAAAGCUAAAGCAAAAGUUAGCAAGAAAUUUCCAUUUCAACGCAGCAAACACUUCCACUUCCACUACCAGUUCCACUUCCACUUCCUGCUCCACACCCACAUCCACAGCCGCUUCCUGCUCCAUUACCUGCCUGACACGCCCGCCUACCGUCCCCACACACGUCCAGCCGUCGAAUAGCAACAGCAGCUAAAUGACUAACUUCAUAUUCAGCUCCAGCUCCAGCUCCAGCUCCAGCGCCAGCGCCAGCUCGAGCUCGAGCUCCAGCUUCAGCUUCAGCUUGGGCUGGUUGCUAACCACGCUCCUGCCACUGCUCUGGCUGCCAGAUGAGGCCAGCGCCCGCAUCGGCUACUUCUGGCACAUCAGCGACCUGCAUCUGGACACAUUUUACUCCACGCAUGGCGACAUAUACAAGAGCUGCUGGCAACUGCCGCACACGGCCGCCUCCCCCGCCGGCGGGCGGCAGGAGGCGGCAACGGAGUCGCCGGGCCCCUUCGGCCACUACAAUUGCGACAGUCCCUGGAGCCUGGUCGAGUCGGCGGUGAAGACCAUGAAGGCCAAGCAGGGCGACAACGUCGAGUUUGUCCUAUGGACGGGCGAUGCACUCUCGCACUCCGCCCAGGCCCUCUCCGAGCAGAAGCAGCUCGAGACCUUGCGCAACAUCACAGAGCUGCUGGGACGCAGCUUCUCCUCGCCCUUCAUCUUCCCAGUGCUCGGCCACGAGGACGGCAGCAGCGGCCUGCACAAGUACAAGCAAAUGGGCGAGCUCUGGCGCCACUGGCUACCCACCGACGCGCUCGUCACCUUCGAGCUGGGCGGCUACUACUCCAUCGAGCAGACCAGAAGUCGACUACGCAUCGUCGCCCUCAACACGAACUUCAUGCGUUACGACUACGAGACAGAGGUAAAGCCGGCGCACAGCCUGCGCUGGCCCGCCGAAUACGCCGUGGAGCCGAAGGCAUCGAGUCGCACCAUGUCUAUCCAGGAUCAGCUGCAGGAUCAACAGCAGGCCGAGCAGCAGUGGCUCUGGCUGGAUGAGGUGCUGGCCAAGUCCAGGGACAAACAGGAGACGGUCUACAUAGUGGGUCACAUGCCGCCGGGCGUCGAUGAGCGGAACAUGGGGCCGCAGCACAAUGGCCAGCUGAUCUUUACCGAGCGAAACAAUCAACGCUAUCUGGAGCUGGUGCGCAGAUACGCGUCUGUCAUACAGGGCCAGUUCUUUGGGCAUCUGCACUCGGACACCUUUCGGCUGAUCUACGACGAUCAAGGCACGCCCAUCUCGUGGCUGAUGAUAGCGCCGUCGGUGGUGCCGCGCAAGGAGGGCCUCGGUGGCCCCAACAAUCCAGCGUUGCGGCUCUACAAGUUCGACACGGGCAGCGGCCAGGUGCUGGACUACACGCAGUACUUUCUCGACCUGCCGCUGGCCAAUCGCGCCCACGAGCCGCUCUGGCAGCCCGAGUACAACCUGACGCACUACUAUGCGCUGGCCGAGAUCUCGUCCAUUGCGCUGCACAACUUUGCGGAGCGCUUCACGGGCAGGGAUGCCUCCUGGUUCAGCAGAUAUCAUCGCGCCAAUGCUGUCCGCUAUCAGUCCGGCUCGCCCUGCCUGGGCCUGUGCAUGCUCAAUCAUUAUUGCGCCAUCACGCGGCUGGACUACGACGAGUUCCGACUGUGCCUGGAGUCGGAGCAGCUGCCGCUGCAGAGCGGCUCAUCGCUGGCCGAGCUCAGCUCUGGCUGCUUGGCCCUCGCGCUGCUGCUCCUGGCACGGCAUGCAACCACCCAGCGAAUUUACAAAUGAAAGAUAUACGAGUUUAGCCAGUUCAAAUGGGAAACCCAAAAAUGAAAAUCAAAGUAAAUCAAAUAAAUCUAAGCUUGAUGCAGGCGCCACUCAUCCUAAACGAAAUAAAUGCGCUAUUCAAAACUCUUAACCAAUGCUGUCAGUGUAUUGUGUAAAUGUAUGUGAGUGUGUGCGGGUGUGUAUGUGUGCUUCUGCAUGUUGGUGUGCGUGUGUGCAUGUGUGUGUUUGUGAGCGCCUGUCUGAAAGCCAUAUCAUAUGUGUGUGUGAUACUAUUCGUCUAUUAUUACUAUAAUAUAAUUAUUAUUAUUAUUAUUAUUAUUAUUAUUACUAUUAUCAUUAUUAUUAUUAUAUAUAUCUAUUAAAUGUGUAUGGAAAUAAACGCAAAUUUUUAAUGUUAA